UGCCACCUCAACCUCAUCCCUGGUUUCAUCAUCGUUCUCGAAGUGAAGAGCUGGGCUGCUUGCUAGCUUGCUUUCGGAGCCUCCUCCUUCUUCUUCAUUGCUGCUGGUCUCAACCUCGUUUUCUGCGGUUGAGAAUUGGACCGAUCUUUUCCUUUUCCGUAAGUUCCUCGUUCUUCCUCUUUCGCAUUCGCAGAAGCUUAAGGUAAUGGAGGGGUUAUGUAACCCCACCCUCCCUCACCAGCUGUUGUCAAGACCCUUCACUUUUAGCCCAACAAAAUCAUUUCUUGCUCUACCCUUCUCGAAUUUGAACUUGAGAAGUCGGGUUCUGCACCAGAAACCCGAGACCGGUCCCCUUUCAAGAAACUGCUCGUGUUUGAGCGUGAGUAGAGAUGAUAAGGAUAGUAUUGCUACCUCCACUGAUGUUAAAGACGACUGGGAACUGGAAUUUCUUGGUGAGAUUGACCCUUUGGGCUUUCAAUCCCCUAAAAAGAGGAAGAAACAGGACGAGUCUAAGCUUUUGCGGGACACUGAUACAAUGGAGUGGUGUGCGAGGGCUAGAAAGAUUGCUCUUAAGGGGAUUGAGGCUCGGGGACUUUCUCGUACUAUGGAAGAUUUGGUUUCCAUUAAGAAGAAGAAGAAGAAGAAGAGAAACAGCAGUGAGAAGCUCCGGAAUAAGUCGAAAACCAAUAAAGAGGACGUGAUUGACCGCGAUGGAGAAUGGGACUCGGAUGUGGAAUUGGAAGACAUCGGGGAUCUGGAAAAUGAUGGCAUUGAUGACUUGAGGAAGACCGUGAGUACAAUGGCCGGUGGGAUGUUCCAGGAGAAGAAGGGGAAAACAAUGGCACAGUUUGUCCAGAGGCUAUCUCAAUUCUCGGAAGCAUCGUCGGACCGCAGGAAAGAAGUUAACUUGAACAGAGAAAUCGUAGAAGCACAGACUGCUGAAGAAGUUCUUGAGAUCACCGCUGAGAUGAUCAUGGCGGUCGGGAAAGGCUUGAGCCCUUCCCCUCUGUCCCCCUUGAACCUUGCUACUGCACUACAUAGAAUCGCCAAGAAUAUGGAGAAAGUCUCAAUGAUGAGCAACCGCAGGUUAGCCUUCGCCCGGCAGCGGGAGAUGUCGAUGCUUGUGGGUCUUGCAAUGAUGGCCUUACCAGAAUGCUCGGCUCAAGGUAUAUCAAAUAUUUUGUGGGCAUUAUCUAAAAUUGGAGGGGAAUUGCUUUACAUUUCAGAAAUGGAUAGGAUAGCAGAGGUGGCCUUGGCCAAGGUGGGGGACUUCAAUUCUCAGAAUGUAGCAAAUAUUGCUGGCGCUUUUGCUUCGAUGCGACAUUCUGCUCCUGAUCUCUUUCCAGAAUUGUCUAAGAGAGCAUCCGGUAUUAUUCACACUUUUCAGGGGCAGGAGCUUGCUCAGCUGCUGUGGGCCUUUGCUUCUUUGAAUGAACCUGCUGAUCCUUUGCUGGAAUCUCUGGACAAUGUCUUUAGGAAUGCCAACCAAUUGAAGUGCUGCUCUCGCGAAGAAGUCGGUAAGAAUAAUGAAAUUAUCGGCAAGGGAGGCGUAUCGGAUCUUGAGCUAGAUGGAAUGCUGGAGUCUCCUAAUCUGAACCUAAGUAGAGAUCAGCUGGGUAACAUAGCUUGGUCCUAUGCAGUUCUUGGACAGCUGGAUCGUAUAUUCUUUUCCCACAUUUGGAAAACUUUGGGCUACUUCGAGGAGCAGAGAAUGUCAGAACAAUUCAGGGAAGAUAUCAUGUUUGCUUCUCAGGUUCACCUUGUGAAUCAGUGCUUAAGGCUGGAGUACCCACAUCUUUGUUUGUUCCUUCCUGGUGAUCUCGAGGAGAAAGUUGGUCGAGCAGGAAAAACUAAAAGGUUUAAUCAGAAAGUUACCUCGUCAUUUCAGAAAGAAGUUGCACGUCUCCUGGUAAGCACUGGCCUUGAUUGGGUUAGAGAAUAUGUCAUUGAUGGAUACACAUUGGAUGCUGUGUUGGUUGAUAAGAAAGUAGCACUGGAGAUUGAUGGACCAACCCAUUUCUCAAGAAAUAGCGGAGUGCCCUUGGGACAUACAAUGCUUAAGCGCCGGUAUAUUGCUGCAGCUGGUUGGAAUCUUGUUUCGUUGUCUUAUCAAGAGUGGGAGGAACUUCGGGGUGAUUUCGAGCAGCUAGACUUCCUGAGAGGACUUCUUGAAGAUCAUAUACAUUGAGCUGAAAUCACGCUGUGUAGGCGUCGCUGUCAAGCAUUGGAUGUGCAGAGCUGUCUGAAGAAAAGGUAUCAGGAGCAUCAUUAUUGCCUUGACAUUCAGCCAAAAGAUUUUGGCUCUGCUCCACGAGACAUGAUUAGGGGGAGAGGGACCAGUUAUGCAAUUUGAAGCAAUCCUGUCAACAAGCAAGAACGAACUGCCUAUCUUAAGAAGAACAGACAUCACAUGUUUAUGACAAUAACAGGAUAUGUUGACCUAUUGUCUUCCAUCCGACUCUCCUUAUUUUCAGCAGAGAUGUGAAAUGCUAUCUUCACAUCCUACGUCAGUAGUAGACAAGGUAGUCCUGAGAUCAGAUAAAUAGUUUCAGUUUCACCUGUACAUGUCUGAGUGCUGUAUCGAUAACUGGCUGAUGUCCUACCAUCUGCAUAGGUUGCCUAAUGGGAUAUGUUAUGCUUGAGGGACAGAUAAGGCAUCGGCGGGCUGAGCCCAAAGAAAUGUCCUUUUAAUAGCAGUGGUUUACCUGAAGAAUAGAGUAGCUGGGCAUUUUCAGUUCAUCGUUCAGAACUUAAUAUUGUUGAAGGCAUCAGUUUAUAUUAGCAUCUGAACAUUUGUUUUGCUGGGAGUUUUUUAUCUUUGUA